ACCGCUCUGGACGGGUUUCCCGAGAAUGGGGGUCGGGUAGCGUUAUAAACGGCUGGGUUCUUAGUUGUUGACAGUAGGUUGUAAGGUGCCGUCCUUAACAAUAGAUUAAGUAACAUAUCGACGAUAUUCAGAAACUCUCAGAGGAAACACUGGUGCGUCUGUGACAGGUCGUCUUUACAGGUUUUUUCUCCCAUGGCCCAGUCAAAACCGCUCUUCAUUCCGUGGUUGCGUCAGCAAAUUGACAGUGGACGGUUCCCGGGCGUUCAUUGGGUCAACCAGGACCACACACUGUUCUGUAUUCCUUGGAAGCACGCACUGAGACAGGAUGCAAACAGCGAUGAUGUACUUAUAUUCAAGGCAUGGGCACAGACAAAUGUUGGCUCUGUGGACAAGAUCCAUGGUGACCCUUCGGUAUGGAAGAGAAACUUCCGGAGUGCGCUCAGAGCCAAACACUUCAAACUAGAGGUAGACAGCAAGAAUGACUCAGCCAAUCCCCACAAAAUCUUUAGGUGGCCAGAGGAGACGCACUCAUCUGGAGAGUCUAAGGAAGCGUCACAAGACUGUGAUAUUGCUGUUCCUAUCUGUGAUUCCCUGUACUUGGCAGAUGACAAAAUAUUUCGAGAUGGCAGCACACCCCCUAAUUUUCUGGAGCACUGUCUUAUGGGUCUGGAUAUUGGCCCAAAUCAAGAUGAUCAAAAACCUGAGAUGGAUCAUCUGCUGUUCCUGAACCAGCCAGUAGGGGGAGGGCAGUACCCAGAAAUGGCUAUUCCUGAAGUACCCUUACUUUCGCAGACAGUUACUGUUAAAGACACGUUUCCCACUCAGGAAACCAUAACCACUAGUGGAGCAGCAGGGGGUGUGCUUCAAACAUCCCCUGCUGAAGGCACACUGGCUCUGAGUCAGUUUUCUCCGCUAGAGGGCGCAUUUGCGGGUGAACAGUACCAUACAGAGGAGCCUGUUAUGGGGGACCAGGUUACCAUCAAGGACACACCCAGUGAUUCAUGUUCCAACCAGUUUUCAACACAUUAUAAGGUAGUGGUUUAUUACAAAGGAAGCAGGGUGUUUGACAAAGUGGUGGAGAAUGAGGCAGGUUUCAGGAUAGUGUGUAGGAACAGGCCCUGCCUAAUGUCAGACUCUCUCUCAGUUGUGGAACUACCCACCCCUGACUCUAUCCUGGACCAGACCCAGGCCAGGUUAACCAUGGAUAUCCUUACUAAUCUUGGGGGUCUGGAGGUCAGAAGGUCAGGUGGAAUACUGCUGGGUCAUCGCUGGGGAGACAGCCGAGUCUACUGGGGUCAGUGCAAACACGAGCAAGGGAAAAGGCCAAGAGCUCUCUCCAAAAACCAACCUGAGUGCAUCUACUCCCUCAGAGAAUUCUGCAUGGGCUUAAAAGAGUUUAUUGACAACAAUGGCGGAUCAUCUCCUUCCUACUCUCUCUUCUUCUGUUUGGGGGAGAAGUGGCCUGACCCCAAAAACAAACCCUGGGACAAGAAGCUCAUCACAGUAGAGGUGGUUCUUACCACCCUGGAGAGGCUGAAGAUGUUGGCUGUGGAUAACGGGGCUUCUUCCCUCAAUUCCGUUGAGCUGCAGCUCUCGCUUGAGCAGAUGAUGGAGAUAUGCUAGCCACCCAAACCACUAAUGAGUCAAAUACCUGGAACCACAGAUGAACUGACGUUAUGCACUUUGUAGAACACUUUAAAUAGAAACUGACCUGUGAACCCUUGUGUGGAAGUAUUUACUUCAUAGGUCUAAUCAGGUAUUUUGGUUGUUUGGUUUUAUUUGUCCUUGUUUAUUAGUAUUCUUUUGAAUAUGGCAUGACAGCUUGUGAGGGUCUGAUUUUGUGUAUUUGCUUGUAUAUGGAUGACUUUAAAUAGAGGUAUGAUAUUAUUUUACUAUUUAUAUCUCUAUUUAAGGUUCUUGAUGUAAUGAAAGGACAACUUAUUUUCACUUUAAUAAACCUAAAAUGGGAGAUUUCCUUUUUCAGCUUUUCCUUUUUAUCAUUUUCUUUGUCACCAAACUGAAACAGGAAAACACUGCUUCUUGCUGCUUUAACACAAAAUAUACCCAUAGCUUCUGAUCUCUCCUAUAAAACUGUCACUUUAUAAAUGUUCUUACAGUCUGUUGUGAACAGGUGCAUUCAUAGGAUCACAGUAGACAAAGUGUCUCAUUCAAUAAUACUUUAUGUAAUUAAGAUUUUCACAAUCUUUACAAUUCGUGGAUGACAUUGAAAUGCUGCAUUCUUGUUUGUACAGUAAACCUUGGAGCAAAUUUUAAUUAUCAUUCAUGUAACACAAAGACGUUAUCACAGGUGAGGAUAAACUGCUAACAAUGUGAUUUGUAUAUCUGGCGGAUUGGUGGGUGUAGUCAGGGGGUUGGGGGAAAUGUGUCCUGUGUUUACAUUUCCUUUGCCACCAUUGUCCAGCCAAAUUUCCUACUUGGAUAAUAAAGUUGAAAACUGAA